AGAAUGUAAGGGUGACUGUGUCGCGACUGAGUGUGCUGAAGAUGAAGUUGCGUUUUAACACUAUCGAUGUCCGAGUGAUCAUCUCAGAGCUGCAGAGCUUACUAGGAAUGAGAGUGAACAAUGUCUAUGAUGUGGACAACAAAACCUAUCUCAUCCGACUUCAGAAGCCAGAAUCUAAAGCUGUUCUUUUGGUUGAAUCUGGUAUCCGGAUCCAUACAACAGAAUUUGAAUGGCCAAAAAACAUGAUGCCCUCUGGCUUUGCAAUGAAGUGUCGUAAACAUCUAAAGUCACGAAGAUUGAUUUACGUCAAGCAACUUGGUGUUGAUAGAAUUGUAGAUUUUCAGUUUGGUUCUGAUCAAGCAGCUUACCAUUUAAUUGUUGAAUUAUAUGACCGUGGUAACAUAAUUCUUACUGACUAUGAAUACACGAUUCUAAUUCUCUUGCGUUUCCGCACCAAUGAAGUGGAUGAUGUGAAAUUUGCCGUUCGUGAGCGAUAUCCAGUUGAUUAUGCUAGAGGCCCAGAGCCUUUGCUGUCACUAGAGAGGCUAACGGAAGUUAUGGGUAAUGCACCAAAAGGAGAACAAAUCAAGAAAAUUCUUAAUCCCCACCUUUCCUAUGGAGCAACAUUGAUUGAGCAUUGCCUGAUGAAGUUUGGAUUUUCUAGUAGUGCAAAAGUUGGCCAAGAUUUUGACUUAUCCAAAGAUGUAGAGAAACUUCUGACUGCUUUACAGAUGGCUGAAGAAUUUAUUGAGAAGACAGAAAACUUUAAAGGACAGGGUUACAUCAUACAGAAACGAGAAACUAAGCCAAGUUUGGAUCCUAGUAAACCACCUGAAGAAUUACUAACCUAUGAAGAAUUUCAUCCAUUUCUUUUUGCGCAGCAUGCCAACAAUUCUUGCAUUGAAUUUGAUUCAUUUGAUAAGGCUGUGGAUGAGUUUUAUUCGAAGUUAGAAAGCCAGAAAAUAGACAUAAAAGCUUUACAGCAGGAAAAGCAAGCAUUGAAGAAACUGGAUAAUGUUCGUAAAGACCUUGAGAAAAGGUUGGAAUCUUUACAAGUAAAUCAGGAAUAUGAUAAGUUGAAAGGAGAGCUAAUUGAGAUCAAUCUCACUGCUGUUGAUAAAGCUAUUGAAGUGAUACGCAGUGCCUUAGCUAAUCAGAUUGACUGGACAGAAAUUGGAAGCAUUGUAAAGGAAGCACAGGAGCAGGAAGACCCUGUGGCAUGCUCCAUUAAAGAGCUGAAGCUGAAUUCAAACCAUAUCACAAUGUUGCUAAAAAACCCCUAUGUAACAGAUGACGAAGAUCAAGAUGUUGAUCUGGAUGAAAGUGCUGAAAAAGAACAAACUAAGAGCAAGAAGAAAAAGAAUAAAAACAAGCAACAGAAAAAUCUCUUACAGAAGAACAAACCAGUAUUGGUAGAUGUGGACCUUAGCUUGUCUGCCUAUGGCAACGCUAAAAAAUACUAUGAUCAGAAAAGACAUGCAGCGAAGAAAGAACAGAAGACAGUUGAAGCUGCGGAAAAGGCAUUUAAAUCAGCAGAAAAGAAGACAAAAAAGACAUUAAAAGAAGUUCAAACUGUUAUUACAAUUCAGAAGGCAAGAAAAGUGUAUUGGUUUGAGAAAUUCUUAUGGUUUGUCAGCAGUGAAAACUAUCUGGUGAUAGCAGGUCGAGACCAGCAACAAAAUGAGUUAAUUGUCAAACGCUAUCUUAAACCAGGUGACAUAUACGUACAUGCGGAUCUCCAUGGUGCUACCAGCUGUGUCAUCAAGAACCAAAAAGGGGAGACAGUUCCUCCACGUACAUUAAUGGAGGCAGGCACAAUGGCAAUUUGUUAUAGUGCUGCUUGGGAUGCACGAGUAAUUACUAGUGCUUGGUGGGUCCAUCAUAAUCAGGUAUCGAAAACAGCACCUACAGGAGAGUACCUGACCACAGGAAGUUUCAUGAUCAGAGGUAAAAAGAACUACCUCCCACCUUCUUACCUUAUGAUGGGAUUUGGCUUUCUAUUUAAGGUUGAUGAGCAAUGCAUUUGGAGGCACGUAGGUGAGAGGAAGGUGAAAGUGCAGGAUGAAGACAUGGAGACAGUAACCAGCAGCACCUCUGACGUCUAUUCUGAGGAUACGGUUCCUUUAGCUGAGUCAGACAAUGGUGAAAGCAGUAGUGAUGAAGAUAACAAGACUGGUAUUGAAGCUGAAAACCAAUGUGAAGAGGUGCAAGGAGAUGCAGAGGGUCACGAGAACAAUGCUGAAGGUGAAUCAGACACUCAGCAAGAGGAAACUGAUUUGCAAGAUUCUGUUGAAACUCAAAAUAUUGAGGAACAUCAAAGUGAGGAAGAAAAUGCAGAAGUUAAUUAUCCUGAUACAGCUAUUGAUCUGUCACAUCUUCAGUCAAAGAGAUCUUUUCAGAUACGUAGUACAUCUUCUAAAGAAGAACAGAUUCCAGAGAUUGAUGGAAGGUCACAAAGUCGGAAACACCUAUCAGCAAAAGAAAGGAAAGAACUGAAAAAGAAGAAGAGGAGUGAAAAUGAAAGCUUAGAACAAACAAUUCAACCUGAAUCCAGCAAAACAUCUGUGGAAGACCAGGAUACUAAAAAAUCAUCUUCCCAACAGCCACUGAAGAGGGGACAAAAGGCUAAACUGAAGAAAAUUAAAGAAAAAUAUAAAGAUCAGGAUGAGGAGGAUCGUGAAUUAAUGAUGAAAUUACUUGGGUCAGCAGGACCAAGUAAAGAGGAAAAGGCUAGGAAAGGGAAAAAAGGGAAAACAAAAGAACUGCCUAAAAAACAGGAGAAAAAGCAAACUUUGAAAGAAGCAGGUAAUAUCCAAAGCAAAGCACAUGCUCUAGAGACUGUGACACAUCAUAUGGCAGAAAUGACUCUGGAGGGGACUCCGGCAGAAGAUCAACAAGAGGAGGAACCCGAGCAAGAUUUGCAGGCAUCUGAGGAGAGUGAGAAUUUGCUGAAUUCAUUGACUGGCCAACCUCACCCUGAUGAUGUGUUGCUGUUUUCCAUUCCAUACUGUGCUCCCUACACUGCCAUGACCAACUACAAGUACAAGGUAAAACUCACUCCAGGCACACAGAAGAAAGGGAAAGCGGCCAAAACUGCCUUGCACAAUUUCCUGCAUUCUAAAGAAGCCUUGCAACGGGAAAAAGAUCUAUUACGAAGUGUGAAGGAAACUGACUUGUCAAGGAACAUUCCCGGAAAGGUGAAAGUCUCAGCCCCUAAUUUAUUAGCAAACAAGCGGAAAUAAACACCUAGAAUUUCCUUGAAUUAAGAUGUGCUCUGAGGACGGUCCAGGAAAGUAUUACAU